UUUUAAAUAAGAGGGUGAAGGGGAACCAGAGCGCACAAGGGGACUGACUCAGGAGGCAGAGAAGAUGGGUAUCCUCAGCGUAGACUUGCUGAUCACACUGCAAAUUCUGCCAGUUUUUUUCUCCAACUGCCUCUUCCUGGCGCUCUAUGACUCGGUCAUUCUGCUCAAGCACGUGGUGUUGCUGUUGAGCCGCUCCAAGUCCACUCGCGGAGAGUGGCGGCGCAUGCUGACCUCAGAGGGACUGCGCUGCGUCUGGAAGAGCUUCCUCCUGGAUGCCUACAAACAGGUGAAGUUGGGUGAAGACGCCCCCAAUUCCAGUGUGGUGCAUGUGUCCAGUCCUGAAGGCGGUAACCAUGGUGGAAGUGGCGCCCAGGAGAAGACCUCGGAUGGAGCAGAAUGCCACCUUCUUGACUUUGCCAGUCCCGAGCGCCCACUGGUGGUCAACUUUGGCUCAGCCACUUGACCUCCUUUUACUAGCCAGCUACCUGCCUUCAGCAAACUGGUGGAAGAGUUUUCAUCAGUGGCGGACUUCCUGCUGGUCUACAUUGAUGAGGCUCAUCCUUCAGAUGGUUGGGCGGUGCCUGGGGACUCCUCUUUGUCUUUUGAGGUGAAGAAGCACCGGAAUCAGGAAGAGCGAUGUGCAGCGGCUCAGCAGCUUCUGGAGCGUUUCUCCUUGCCGCCCCAGUGCCGGGUUGUGGCUGACCGCAUGGACAACAAUGCCAAUGUAGCUUACGGGGUAGCCUUUGAACGUGUGUGCAUUGUGCAGAGACAGAAGAUUGCUUAUCUAGGAGGAAAGGGCCCCUUCUGCUACAACCUUCAAGAAGUCCGGCAUUGGCUGGAGAAGAAUUUCAGCAAGAUGAAUUCUAGAUUAGCUGGUUAAAGGUAUGAUUGUAAUGGAGCUUAUUAUUUUUUAAAAAAGAUAUUAUAUAAAGGAGAGGAAACCAAGAACUGAAUCCACGAUUUCAACUGAGGCACAUUGCCUCACCGAAAGACAGGACAGGCGUUUACCUGUCAGAAGAGCAUAAACCUCUAACAUCCCAGUACUUCUUUAACUACUCAAAUGUCAUUGGGCUAAAUAGUAGCCCUGUUACCUCUCUUCUUGGGGAGAACCCCUGAGUGAAAAAAUCCAAGUGGGGAAGGAAGAAAUUCUGAUUUCAGUGGGUGUUCAUUCUUCCUUGAGAAAGAAGUGGUAUUGCUUAUGCAAGUAGAACCCAAGGGUUACCUGAAUAAUUACUGUGUUAGGGAAGCUAUUAUCCAUGUAAAGGUAAAGUCUGUCACCUAGGCUUUAGAGAGCAUGGGUAGAGCUCAACUGGAAAGUUCCCAAAUACUGACUUAUAAUGCAUCCUUGAACUCGGGCCACGUGGUCAAGGCCUUGGUGUUUCAUGUGUUAGAGUAGGUGCUAGCCAAAGCGUUUCCUGCCAGGUGUAUUUGUAGAUACCGGGGGUGAUUCCUCAAUCUGCACGUUUAGAAUGACCAUAUGAAAUUUGAGGGUUACUUUCUAGGCAGAUGGAGACAACUGGAAGAAUAUCAAAGUACCAGCUAGGAAAGAGAGGAGGCAGAAAGAUUAGAAGACUUCACAGAGUUUCACCUUGAAACUUACAAAGGGAGACUAACUUGUUAGCCCCCAAAACAUAGAAACUUUAUAUAAAGACAGAAAAGGAAAAAAUUUAUCUAAAAAUAGCAUAGAGAAAACAUGUGAAAACAAGAUAUUUAUCAUAUAUUUCUAUGUUGAGGGUGAAAAGGGGAUUGAAAGGAAAAAAAACCCCACAUGCUUAAAUAAGUGUGCUAUUGAGGACUUUUUUUGUAUAAUAAUUACUUUAUGAAACAUGCAUAUGGUGUAUAUGUUUCAGUGGGUGAAUUAUACUUCAUGAUACCUGUCCAGGGAAACCCCAGUGGGUCUGAUGGUACUGGGCUGUUAUUCCCAGUUCCUGCACUUAUAACGUGGCCCUACUCAUUGCUAGUCUCAGUCUACAGAGGAUGGCCGAGCUGAAGGCAUUGGGGGCAGUACCCUGGCCAUUCAGCUACAGCCGUGUUGUGUUUUCCUCCCAAAGUAGGUGAACUUCAGUGAAUUAAAGGUGCAAACGAUCAUUCUUUCUUCAGUUGCAAAAUUGGAGAAAGUUUAAUUCCUAUCAGUAAUUUUGGAAUCACUCAUACAGCUACCCUUGGUAUCAGGGAAUUGGAUAAAAUGGGUUUUCUAUUGACAUUUGAAUUUCAGUUUGUCCUUUAGUCCAUAGCUGAGGUUCAGUAAUCUAAUUUCCCAAGAGCACAUACUUGUAAUUAUAUAUAUAUAUAUAUAUCUUGUUUCCCUUUAAGAUUAAAAACAGUAUAGUUUUAUACAUAAGUAAUAUCUAAAGAUUGUAACUUCCCCAAAAAAUAGACAACAAUUUUGUACCAUAUUUUUUUUAUUUUAAAAAAUUUGAGUAUAUUAUCAAACCACAGUAUAUAGUUUAAAGACACUAACGUUCUUAUGUCCAUUUCUUUAAUAGCUGUAUCAUAAAAUAAAGCUAAUAGGAAAAGAUAAUCAAAACUUGAACGUAUCUUCUUAAACUAGUUGCCUGAAAUGAGAAAAAAAGUGGGAAACUGGGUGUGCAGGAACCUAAAGUAUUUAAAGAAAAACUGGAGCAAGAAAUCAGUCCUAUCAAAUCAAGCUGGUAUAUUGUUUAGAUAUUAAAGCUCCAUCGUGACACAAUUAUUUUUUUUACAACAUCUAAACUUUCCAAUGUUUUAAGUUCUACCAACAAAGACCCACAAGCAAACAAAGCAAAAUUUGAAAAUGUGAUGUUAUCUCAUAAAUUGCUGUAAAAUCAUACUGAGGCUCGAUGGUUUCAGAUUCCGCCAUUGUUAAAUUCUACAGUCAACCUUAUCGGUAGCCCCCAUUGAUUUUUGUCUUCAAAAUGGUGUUGAGAUUUAUGUGGUGCCCAGCAAAGUAAAAUGACAAAUUGGUAGCAGCACACCCACAUCGCUGUCUUUAAACUUCCCCUUUGUUCUAAGUGUGCGGAUAAUGGAACAGGAUGUCAGAGAAGCUGGUGGGGGGAUGAGAUUUGGCUAACACAGUGCUAGUCAUCUGGGGAAAAGGAUGUUGGAAAAAUCACCCAUUUGUGCUCUAUUUAUAAAGAAAGAAGGUUUUUUUGUGUGUGUGUAUGUGGGCAUGCAGACAAUUCUUCUCCCAGAGGGAACUCUGAAGGAGAAAUGAAGCAGAGGAAGUAAACAUACAAAGGUAUAAGCUGAUUGUUAGGGAGACAGACAUGUUCAGUAGAACAUGGAAGAGGUACCGGAAGAAAGGCAGUUGAAGGGCCAAUGGAGAAAGUGGAUUGACAAAGCUCAGGAAUCCUACAAUAUGUAGAAUGGCUUGGUCUUAUCAGUGUUUUGAUAAGCCUGUAAUUAUGUAACCUAUUUAUCUCAACAUAAACUUUUGUGAUAUCCUAUGAUGUAUCUUUUGUAAAAUUAAGAAGAACUCAUUCUUGGAGAUUGAGGAAAACCAGUGCUUAGCUGAUAUGCUCAAAGAAAUGAUUAGAUUGUUGAUAUCCACCAUGUUUUAUAAUGUAUGCUCCUUUUUUGAAAAUUGAUAGUUGUAAUUCUCAUAAGGAAAAAAAUAUAUAUAUAUAUAGAACUCUGAGUUCUUUCUCUUAGCACCUAACCUCCACCCAACCCCCACUCAUAGACUGUUUACAUGGAACUAUCACUUCAGCCUCUUAAGCUGAGUGAGCUUGUCUAGUAUUGAAAUAGUUCCCAAGAAAUUUUAGAUAUUAUCAUAACAUCUGGAUUUACUCAAACAUUUACUGUUUGGACUAUCCAAAACUGACUUUGUUGCUUAGAGAAAAUAUUAGUGGCAUUUACAAUGACUUUCUUGAAUGGGCAUGAAUGAAAUGCCUGCACAAUAAUCUAAAAGUAUUUUCUACAGCUAUGAAAGUGUGACUGACCUUCUUAGAGGCAAACUAGUCACGUUCUUGCUUUGUGUAGUGGCAGCCAUUUAACCUAAGUGACUUCUGUCUUCACAUUUUGGAUCUUUAAUCCCGUGUCUUUAAUCCUAUGUCUCAUUCAUAGAAUGUGUCCCUGAUUUUUGAAAUAUCAACUCCAAAUUUAGUUAAAUUCUUACCCCAUUAACCAAGAGAUGUUUAUUCUAUGAUCAGGGAGGGAAGAAAAACCUAUUGUCUUUCAUUUUGACUGAGUAUAUUUCACUGCUAGGGCUUUUGAAUAACAACUAUGAAACAUAGCGAGGUUAUGUGUAGGGGCUGCCUUGCUGCCUAAAAUACCAGAGUGGCAGGUUAAAGACAACAUUAAUGGCUUUGGGAAAAUUCUCAGGUGGAUACAAGGUGCCCUUGGCAUGCCCUAAAGCCUAUUCCCACAGCAAGAGGAAUUUGCUGAUUUUUAGGACUUCCAAUUCUGAAUAUCAUAAGAGAAUGAACCUGGACAUUUGUUCCAUCUGACUUCUGACUGAAGGUUUGGAAAAUACGUUUAAUUAGAAUCCCCUGGCUAUUGCAAAGAGGAACAUGUAGACACUACGUCUGCUCCAUCUGAGGAUUAAUGGAAACCUAACAUUCAGAGGUUUUCACAACAUGUGCAAUGUCAUGUCUCUGAGAAGUGGAGAUCAAACAAUAAGUCUUUUAAUUCUAGGAGCUUUUCAAGAAAUGAUGCUGUCAAAAAUCAGAACUUACAAGUAUAUUUAAUUAUAUCCCAACUUCCUCCUUUGCCUUCAACCUAGGAGCCAAACCCAUUGUUCAUGUGAACUUGCAAAACAUCAACUGCUGUUUGCUAAUGGUGCUAUCUUAGUCCUGUCCUGAAGCCCUCCUUGAAAAGAAGGAACUGAGCUGGGUAAGGGAGGAAAGUUGUGCACUGGAUAAGAACCAGCCUCUGAGGGUUUGGUCUGCUGAGGAGGAAAGAUUUGAAAAGAAAGUUCUUAGGGUUGGAGGAAGGCUGCUGAGUGCCCCUGAGUGACUAGGAUGAGCAAAGCACUGGGCUACUUCCUAAAGCCCUGUGUUCCAGAUUGCACCAGAAACAAGGUCUCAGGCUGGACAGACCCAGCUCUGUUCCAAGCGGAGUCUGAACCGCAGAGAGCGAGCGCACAGGUAUCCAAACAAGACUUCUCAUGCCAGUCAGGGCCGCCUGCCCGUCUUGGGCAGCAGCACCAGAGCUCCAGGGAGUUUAUUUAAUAUUUACUGGAGACUUCGGAGACCCAGCAGAUGUUUAAUGAAGUCACUAUUUUGGCUCGAACUGCCCUCCCCCCUCCACCUCGGGGGCGGGGGGGGAAAAAAAGCAAACAGGUAAACAUAUAAAUGAAAGAAGCCCACAGAGAGGGAUGGGAAAUAAAUAAAAUUCUCUCAAGACUUGUCCAGCCCAUGUUGCUGGUCAGUGUGGUUUUUAUGUGUUAGGAUUGGGGGAUGUGGAGACAUGAGUAUCCAGUACUUUAUAACCAAAGCAAUUACAAGAUAUUGGGUAGGGAAUGUUGGCCAGUUCUGUUUAGUUUUGCAUCACAUUAUCACUGGACUCCCUCGCCCAAUCGAUCGGGCACCCGAAGAGGGAGACAGAGAUGUGCAGAGUUGACCAGUGUGCGAAUGAUAACUACUGACGAAAGAGUCCUUGACUCAGUUAGUGGUUGGAUGUGGUCACAUUAGUUUGCCUCUCCCCAUCUCUGUCUCCCCAGCAAGGAGAAUGCUCGGGACACGAUGCUGAGAGUCCUGGGUAACUGUGGUGAGAAUGUAUGUGUGUAUAUCUCUGCUGCUCUGUUGCAGAAAAAGAAGUGCUUUGGACACUAUCAGUAGAAAGAGUGUUAUUAUAUUGGUGCCGAGUGGUAUGUGUGCUUUUCCAAUUUGUUCUUGUAUUUUAAUAAACUUUGAAUAAAACAAUAGAGUUA